GCCAAAUUUUUUUGUCAUAAAAGGAUGAUGUAGAAAAGUUUUCUUCAUCAAUUGAGAGAGAGAGAUGGAAGGAAUGAGAGAGAUCCCAAUAUCCUACUACGAAAGAGCAAGUGAGGCCGAGAAGGAAAAGAUCAAACUAGUCUUCGAAAACGCCGACAUCAACGGCGACGGGAAGAUAACCCAUGCGGAGAUGAAUAAGGUGAUUAGCCUGACGGAAGCCUUGUUCCAUAAAUUCGACAUGAACGGCGACGGGUGCGUCGAUUUCAACGAGUUUAUGUGCCUUUACUACUUGAGUGGUCGUAAGAUGUCGGUGCGCAGAUGCAACGACUGCCAUGAGAUUCUGGUGGGCCCUUACUUCGCUUGCUUCCUUUGCCUCGGAAGAGGCGAUCAUACGUACGACCUCUGCUGUUCUUGCUACCGCCGCGGUGCCGAGUCGUCGCAUGAGCACUCCGUCGAGCACAUGGUGGAUCAUCACUCUCUGCUUAGCCUCUUCAGGGAACAAAAAGCUCAAAACAAGAAAGAAAUGGAGGAAAUUCGCGAAAUUGCGAAAGCCCUUCACCAAGCCAGCUCUCCUGAAGUCCAAGAACUAGCAACCGAGUUCUACCAAUCCCUGGACUCGGACGGAGACGACCGAGUCGAUCUGUCUGAGUUCCUAGCCUUCAUGAAGGAAGAAGGCUAUUCCUACAAGAAAAUCCCUAGUUUGUUCGACGAGCUCGACGUAGACAGCAACGGUACCCUCGACUUCUUCGAAGUCAUGACGCUCAUCUACAUCUUCAAGAGCGGCCGCCCUCAAUGCGAAUGCUGUGACAAAAUCAUCCCCGGUGUGUUCUUCUCAUGCACCGAGUGCUUUAAGAAUCCCAAAAGCUCGUUCGAUCUGUGCAAGGAUUGUUACGUGAAGGGGAGUCGCGACCAUAAACACGGCGGCCGGGCCCAGUUUUUGGACAGUCAUACGUUGUUGCAGGCUAUGAGAUAUCCGGAGAUUGCAGAUAUGUCAGGCGUAACGAUUCAUGAGCUGCAGGAAGGGAAUAAAUCCACAAAUGACAUAGCUCCAUCAAACUCAAAGUGGAGAAAAAGGAAGGCCGCAUUUUAUGCACUUGACGCCGCAGUCAAAUUCGGGAGCCAAUAUGAGAGAGCCAAAUAAAUUCUAAAAGAAAAGGGCUAAGAAAAUGCAUUUCUUUAUGAUAUUGUACAUGCAGUCUAAGAAUGUUGAUUGGACUACUUCUUUUUUUUUUUUCUUGUUCAUGUCAUCUUUAUCUUUUGUCUUCGGGUGUAUGUUUAGUGUGAAAGACAUCAUUUAAAAUGAUGUAGUACUAAAGAUAACUAUUUCACAUUAUUUAUUUUCUUACUUUUA